AGCCCCAGGGCACUUGUUCACCAGAGCCCCUGAUGGUGGGGAUGGACUUGGAGUACCCCGGGACCAGGUCGCCACUACUGAGCACACCUGUCAGCGGUAGGGGUGUUCGCCAGGGGCUCCAACCAGGGAGAGCCAGAUGUGAGGAGGUUGGGUGACCCCGAUGGGAUGGAUGGAUGGCUGAACAAGUGCGAAGUCAGACGGGCCGAGUUGGUAACGGAGAGGACGGUAUGGUACAAGGGAGCGGGCAGAGAAUCGUCGGGUCACACGCCAGGUCAGCAACAGUAGGUCAGAACUAAUGAGGGGCAU